AUCACUCUUCUGUCAUUCCCUUCUUUCGAGAUACAAGUCCCGUUACGUCGGUUCUCAAGACGUCGAUCCCGCCUGUCCAGCUAUUCCCUUGUUCGCCAUCACCUUUCUCUCACCGAGUCACUCACUACAAAGACAAACAAGAUCAUCACACAAACAAAACGACCCGAACAACCAUUGUCACAGUCUAAGGAUGAGACUCGUACAGUCGAUUCUCCUUCUUGGAGCGGUCUCUGGACUCUGUACAGCUGCUAGGUUGCCAAUCAGACAAGAUACUGACACUGAUACGGACACUCCGCCAUGGAUGCCUGCAACUCCAUUAUGUUCACCUAUCUUCGUCUACCUGCCCUCUGUCACCGUUACCAUCACCCAGACGAAUGCUCCCGGAGUAAUCACAGUGCUUGAUCAAGACCCGAGCUCGAUUGCAGCGUAUAUGGCCUCAAUUGAUACGGACCAAGUCAUUGAACAGAGCGAGUUGCUGCCUAUCUCUGACAUCCCAGAUCCAACUCCGACUCAGUUCACUCAUACUAUCAGCGUGUCAGGCUACGUGGCCACGGAGGUCCCCAACACCAAUCCAUAUGGCGAAUCAGUCUUCUACAUCUCUGCAGGUCCAGCCACGACUGAUUGGAGUUUUACCCCUUCGGCUUCAAUUCAAGCGGAAGUGACCACUGUCACUGUCUUGCCUAUUCAGGCGUCCACCCAGGGUAAAGGCCUCUCAGCAAGCAGCACUGUCCGUGCACCAUUCAGCGCUCCAUCAGGAGGUUGGAAUAGCACAAGCGCAAACGCAUAUGGAUGGACAGCUGCCGCCGGUACCGCAGGCACUACCUCAUCUGUUUUGGUAGCUCCAACAGGCACUGCAGGCACAAUUUCCCCGUAUGGUGUGACCUCCACCAGCACUGUAAUCAAUACCAUCUCCACGAUUACUGAGAACGUUACGAUCAGCGUAACCUCUGCUCCAACCUAUGGAUACGUGCCGCCUGCAUAUGGUCUGCCUGGCUCAUCCGAUCAGUAUGGUUAUGACACCCCCGACCCAUCCAUCAACAACGGUGAUGUCGAAAAGAGACAGACAUGUGUGUGGAUCACUGCGACCAUCAAUGGUCAGCAAGUCGGCUGGUGUAACAACUGGGAUGGAACAACAACUCUGACUUACACUUCCUGGGAGACAACCACAACACCCACAUACAUACCCGGCAUCGGCACUGUGGCAGCACCUACUUCCACGUCCGAGCAAUCAACCACAAGUGAAACGUCGACCAUUGUGCAGCCUUCUGCAGCAUCUGCUGCACCCACCACAGCUUGUGGCCAAUCUGGACCUUUCAUGAUCGGCAGAUGUGCUGACAGUACAAAGUUCGACGACCUUCCAGCCUACUCCCCAUCGGACAAUGAUACUGCGGCCUUCCCACCCAUCUUCAAUCCCUAUGAGCAUUUCUUCUGGGGAAAUGGAUGGUCUUAUGUACCUCCACCUACCGAGCCAUAUCCACCUCAAGCUGGUUCCCACCUUGCUGAAUUCGUGCCAUCUCAAGCCAACAAUGACACUGGUUCUCCAGAUGCUGGUCUCAUCCCACCAAGCUCUUUCGGUGCCGGUCCACGUGCGUACGACAACGCAUAUUGGUUCACUGCCUAUUCUGCCUGGGUUGGAUGUGACAAUGGUGACACCAAUUGGACAGACACCUGCGAUUUCGUUGCCACAGCGUACCAAUGGAACAACGACACUCAGAGUGAAAUUGUGGUUGCUACGCAACAUUUUCCCAUCCCGCCAUGUCCUAAUUUCCAGAACUGCCAACUCACAGAGAUCACAUUCAACUAUCUCUUCUACAAGAUGUCGACUUUGAGCUUCUAUGCCAAUGUGAAAGGACAAAUCAGCAUUUUCUGGCUGGACAGCUUGAGUAUGAAUUGGUACAACAAUACUUGCGAAGCAGGAUUGGAACGUAUUUCGUCCAGGAAGAUUCGAAACUGA